AUGAAACCCGUGCGAAGGCGCCUGGCAAAAAGAAUAACGAGCUUUUACAAAAAUGUCAGCGCAAAUGCCGCCCUGUUCGCCACAAAUUUGUUGCUUUACCACUUUGACCGCGACUUGAUAGCCACCCUUGUGCAGACAUAUAAGAGGCUACUGAAAAAGCAUGAAAAAGAGAAGACAGGAUUUCACGAAGAAUACUUGUUAAUUUUUAAUUAUAUAAUUUUUUCCCACGUAAAUUUUGUCCUCCCCGAGUUCAGCAAGAAUAAUACGCCUCACUUUGACAUCGCCUAUGAUUUGAGCGAAUGCACAGAUGGGACCACUCCCCUUUUAAACGCAAGGAGGUUAAUAAAAAGGGGGAAAUGCAACGCUUCCAAGUUGAAAAGGCUACGCAUCAAGAAUGGUACACAUGUUCGUUUGGGUUACGUUACGGGGGAAACUCCUCAUUCAUGUAGACAAGGAGAACAAAAUGGAACUUCAUAUAAAGCUUACCAAGGAACCGGGAGGAGGCAUAAACACAAAAUUGCGGAAGAACCAAACAAAGGAAAACAGCCAGAUGAAUGGAAUAGACACAUCUGUGAUGAAAGCCAUCACAAGAGGGUCAAUCGUUGGGAAAGCAAGUUGCUAGGUCGUUUUGGAGGGGCAUAUGGAAGGGUGCACAUUAGGGAGAAGGGUACAAGUAACUACAUCGUCAAGUGCAUUACGAACACAUGUAUGCACAAUUGCGCCUCCAGUCGGUUUCCAUUUUGCGCAUCUAUGGAAUGCUUUGAGGCGGGUGAAAGUCAGUUGGUUGAGCAACUCAAAAAAUUAUAUGUACACGUGCAUUACUGGAGGUGUCUGAUGGAGCUAAACGUGAAAUGCAGGCGUACAUGGAAAGUAAGCCAAUUGGCAAGUGAAGAAAAAAACAUCUAUGAAGGAAUCUACAAAAAUAUUUACUACUUAUUUAAACGUAUGAAUAGGAUGCAUUUUCAAAAUAUUCAAAUGAUAAAUAGGAAAAAGCAGCAGUUGUCUAUAACUCAUAACUGUGAAAUGGAGAAUCUUAUAAGUGAGACUAAGGUGACCACAGUGGAUAAUUCGGAGGGGACGGAGAAAAUUAAUGAGCUCGUCUUUAAGCAUAUAGCGGAGAAGGAGGCUCUUUGUAGACAUGCGGAACACGAGGUGAAGGUUAUGCAACUUGUAAACUUGAAAGAAUACAAAGAACAUAUCUUCUACAUUUUUAACAUCAUACAUAGGGAGCGUAACGUGCUUUCUUUGCCUCCUCUACCAGUGGACGAAUUGGAAGAAGUAGAUGCAGUUGUUAGUUAUAAAUCAAUACGGGCUCAUCCCAAUGGGUUCUGCCCCUCAAUGCAUAAGGAACGAUACAUUUAUUUUGCGCGUAUAGUAGAAUAUUUCCACCUAUUUUAUUUGUAUAAGUUAAUUAAAAGUAAUGUGAAUGUAAUGAGCUACCUUCACCUAUAUGUUAAGCACUCCCUGUGUGAUACGCUGCGAGUUUCCGUAAUUUUCAGCCUUGGAGAAGUGGAAGACAUUUUUCUACACCAUAGCAAAAACAAUGAGGUGUUUAAGGAACGCCUCUAUGGUAUGUUAAGCCAGGCAGGUUACGAGCAUUACGCGUGCAGAAUUGAGGGGGAGAGCACAACAUACCAUUGUACCAAUCAAGUAACGAAUGAAAUAACCAAAUUGGGGGCAUGUGAAGGUGAUCGCGCGGAGGAGGGAGACAGAACGAAUGGUACCCCUCUGUGGAUGUGCGCCCAGUCCAAGUACUUCGACGCCAGGGGGCAGUUCAAAAGUAAACUCGGAGCAGUGCCGGAGGAAAGAGCCCCCUUCAACGGAAGCUACGACAGUACGCACAAGUAUGUGCGUGAUAACUCUAGCAGAUUUCUUCUAGAAGAUAAUACCUCUGUUAAGGAGGAGUCUUAUACACAUCUGAACAAAAUCAGUCUAAGGGAGAAACCCCUAAACGGCCUCGUCCUCUACUUGGGUAACGAUACCAACGGUUUCUGUAAAGAUAAUGUCUACCAAAGUAUUUUCAACCUGAGCAUGAACAAGACCGAUUUUGUUUUUCCCACGUUGAAGGAGCAGUUAGAUAUGUUUCACGAGUUUGUAUCUCCCCAGCAGGAGAUGCUGCGGGAGACGAAACAUGGACAGAAGUGCUCUCCUAUGAUGGGAACCCAGUUGCGAUGUGGAAAUAUCAUUAUAACGAGACAUAAGAAUUUGAAAAUCGGAAUGGGCAGGAGUACGCCUAAGGGAGAAAAAAAAAACAAAAAAAAAAACUUUAAGAGUGAGGAAGGAAAUGGAGGAGAGACAAGAAACACAAAAUCAACUUACGAUAUGGGAACGAUUAAAAAUUCCGGAAAUGAUUUAUUCAAUUUGGAAAUAAUUAACAAACGUAAUUUUCCUUCAUCCAUCAUGCCAAUAUAUGAACAGCUCAAAAAAAAUAGUCAAUACUUUAUGAAUAAGGAAGGGAGAGAAAAGUCGGUUAAUUCAGAUGUGAAGGAGAACACAGUGUGCAAACUUCAUGAAAACAUUUUAAAAAAAAAAAAAAAAAAAAUACACGUAGAUAUAAUUUUCCAUGUUAUUAUACCGAAAAAUGUGAACAGAAAAAGCUUCAAAAUAAUAUUACUUUCCUUGUUGAAGAUUUUGGAUCUGUGUAGAGACUAUCAUGUCUCCUCCCUGACGUGUCCUCUACCCUACGUGCACAACGUUGUUUAUAAGAAUAAGCGCCCCGUUCUGUAUGCCUUUAUGUACUCCAUCAUGUUCAGCCUUCUGAACUAUAUUAAGUUCACACAGUCGUCUUCCAAGCAGGUGAGCGUGUUGCAUUUUGUCUUUCCUAAUUUGACAUAUCGCGAGGGGGGUACAAAAUCGGAGGAUAACACGGUGGAGAAGAAUAAGGUGAAGAACACACCCCCUAAGGAGGGAUCCACCCUGGAUGGAAAUACCAAUUUAGAUAGAACUUCAGAGAAGCGCAUGUCAAGCAUGGCCUCCUUCAUUCAGCGUGUUGCUACCGACAUGGGGGGGAGGUAUAUGCUUGUUGAGAGCAUCUACCGGUAA